AAGACCUUGAACAACAAGAUUUGUAGAAUAUCUUUUUGUACCGAGGAACUGGCGCUCUCUUACUACAUUGCAAGAUCGAGAUACAAACUCCUCAAAUUGACUCGCGAGAAGAUGCCACAUAUCUACCGUUCAAUUAGAAGAAGGUCCACCACAUACUGGAUUGGGCUCAACCGUUUGCAGAGAUGGCGAUGGACCAAUGGUCGUCUGCUAAGCAAACAAGACCUACAUGACCUAAACCUUAGCAGCACCACGUUUCGUGGCACGGGGUGUCUGGCAGUUCAGCACAGAGGACGUGGUCUGCAUAUCGAGACUAAAGACUGCGACAAGAAACUGCGAGCAAUCUGCUACGAGGAUGUUCCUGAACCGGAAGUCUUUCCGCUGGUUAUUGUUGUCACGUCAAUAGCAAUCGGAAUUCUCUGUGCUGCUGUUCUUGUAAUGAUGUUAAUUGCCUUCAAGAGACGGAUUUUUUGUUUCCGUAGAAAAGUGAAAUCGCCUGAGGAAGAAGUAAUAUCUUUGUCUGACAACACAAGAUCCAGUAACAAAAGUGACGUCAUUUCAUCUCAAAGUGAAAGUGAAAAUAAAGACAAUGCUUACGAAGAUCACAUUUAUGACGUAGGAGAAACGACAGACCAAUUAUACACUCAAGUGAUCAAUAACAGACACCCUAAGCAGCUUGAAACAAAAGCUGUGGGUGAUUAUGACGUAGCAGAUGUCGAGAAUAGACCAAUGGGAACGAUGCGAUCGGAAGAAUACAAGAACGGCAAGAAUGAAGAUUCUUAUGAUCACGUCAGGUUACUGGAAUCUACCGAUUAUGACGUAGCAGAUAUCGAAAAUAGACCAAUGAGAACGAUGAUAUCGGAAUACCAGAAAUGCAAGAAUGAAGAUUCGUACGAUCACGUCCGAUUACUGUAAUCGGCCGAUUAUGACAUAGCUUUCGCUUCAAAUUCGCCUCAUGUUCUUGAUCACAGUGUAACAGGCGCCACCCAAAACAGUAAUGAGAAAUAUGAUCAUAGUAAUAAUAGUGAUCAGGCAAAUUAAAAGCAGGCCAUUUCAGGGAGUACCUAGUCCAAAAUAACUGGGAUGAAGUGGUACUCAACCCCCCCCCCCCCCAAAAAAAAAAAAAAAAAAAAAAAAAAAACCCCACCAACCAACCAACAAAAAACCAAACAAACAAAAACCCAAUACAAAAACAAACAAACAAGCAUCUCUCUCGUAUUUUGGAGUGAGUAGGAAAUUGUCCUCGUGUCCGUCCCCCACCCUUCCUCCCCCAGGUAUGGCCCUGUAAUUACUAUUACGAAGCAUGAUUACAUGUAUAUAAUUUUUCCUUCAGAAAAAAAAUGCUGGCAAAACUGGGUUUUGCGUUUCAUGUCAAACCGAAUGACCAAACAAGGAGGUAAUUAAAAAACAAAACAAAA